AACUCCCAGAAGGGGCCGCGAGGCCGCGCCGGUUCGGCGGGGCCCGGGCCGAGCGCUCCCCGUGAGCGGUGGGGCCGGGCCGGGACCCCCGGGGGGACCCCCGGGCCGGGACCCCCGGGCGGGCCAUGGCGGGGAGCGGCGGAGCCGGGGCGGCCCCGCGGGAGCACCGCCUGCAGCCCGGGGACACCCUUGCGGGGCUGGCGCUGCGCUACGGGGUGACGAUGGAGCAGAUCCAGCGCGCCAACCGCCUCUACUCCUCGGACACGAUCUUCCUGCGAGCCACGCUGCUCAUCCCGGGACACCGGGACACGGCCGGGGACACCCCCGGUGACACUCCCGGGGACGCCCCCGGUGACACCCCCGGUGACACUCCCGAGGACACCCCCGGUGACACCCCCGGCCCCCCCCGCCGCGACCUGUCGUGCUCGGAUUUCCUGCGGCGCUUGGACGCCGAGAUCGACCGCUCCAAGGAGGCGGCGGCGCGGCGGCUGCGGGGCCGCAGCUCCGGCCCCGCGCCCGCCGGGGGUGGCCCCGGCCCCGCGUCCCCCCGGGGGGCCCGGCUGGGACCCCGACCCCUGACCCGCACCCCGCGGGCGGCCGCGCUGCGCGACACCGAGGACGAGAUCUUCACCCUGUGACAGUGAGGGGACAGCGAGGGGACAGCGAGGGGACACCGGGACGAGAUCUUCACCCUGUGACAGCGAGGGGACAGCGGGGACAGCGAGGGGACACAGAGUGGGGACAUUUGGGACACUGGAGCGGGACACUGGGGACAUCCAGGAUGAGAUCUUGGCCUUGUGACAGCGGGGACAGAGAGAACCUGACCCUGGGGACACCCAGGAUGUGACACUGAAGACACCAGAGGUGCCACCAGAGGUGCCCCAGGAGCUGCCACCAGAGGUGCCACCAGAGGUGACCCAGGAGGUACCACCAGAGGUGCCGCCGCUCCUCGCGGCCGUGGACCCCGAGGGGACACAGGGACUUCGGGGAGGUGUCCUGGUGUCCCCUUCCUGUGCCCCUUUGGGGCCGCAGAGCCACUCCCAGGGCAACUGGGAGCUACUGGGGACAGGGACAGGGACAGGGACGGUGCCACCUCCCCCCGCCAGCUUGUAAAUAAACCAGAGCAUUGUCA